AUGGAUAUCACUAAAAGCUGGACUUAUACAUUCCUUAAUGUAUUCUUAAUUUUUCCAACAGGCUAUGUAAAUUUUCGACAACAAUACCCGGAGCUGUUUGAGAACCUGACAGCGGAGGCUGUGCGCAGCACCAUUGAGGCCGGCUACCCUGGAAUUCUGACCAGCAGAGACAAGAAUGGCAGAGUCAUCCUCCUUUUUAAUAUUGAGAAUUGGGACUAUGAGGAGAUCACAUUUGAUGAGAUCCUCCGUGCAUACUGCAUUAUUUUGGAGAACCUGUUGGAAAAUGAAGAGACCCAGAUAAAUGGCUUCUGCAUUAUAGAGAACUUCAAAGGAUUCACCAUGCAACAGGCUUCGGGCAUUAAACCUUAUGAGCUUAAAAAAAUGGUGGACAUGCUACAGGAUUCCUUCCCUGCAAGAUUUAAAGCUGUUCACUUCAUACAUCAACCCUGGUACUUUACUACAACCUACAAUGUUGUGAAACCUUUUCUGAAGAGCAAACUCCUUGAAAGGGUUUUUGUACAUGGGGAUGACCUGGAGAGUUUCUACAAGGAAAUUGAUGCGGACAUACUGCCAGCAGACUUUGGAGGAAACUUACCAAAAUACGAUGGCCGAAUAAUUGCCGAUAAGCUCUUUGCACCAAGAAAUGAAUCAGAGGACACAGCUCUUUAGAGGAAAUGAUGGCAUGCGGUAUAUACAUCAGAUAGGAUGAGAAAAUACUCAGUCUCUGUUAGUGAUAAUACAUUCUACAGUACACUUUUCAAAAUGUAAGCACAUAUAAAGAUGCCUAUAUAUAUAUAUAUAUAUAUAUAUAUAUAUAUA